AUGAUCCACUUGAAAGAAGCCAGAGGGGAUGAAAGAAUUGUAGACACCCUUUUUGAUAAAGUCCAAGACGUAGGGAGGGUUCUACGCAAAAAUGAACGUAUGACAUUUGACUUUUCAAACAGUGGUGUUUUGUUCCAAACAGAGUCUGAGAGUGAAAUACUUAUUUUCUUUGAGGGUUUUGUUGUGUUAAAUGUUUUUGUUGAUGGAAUGAAAGAACAACACAAAAUAAAAAACGGUCUUUGGGUCGGUUCUUAUCAAAUCAUGACAAUUCCGGGUCAUAAGCGUGUUGAAAUUCGAAAAGGGAGUGAGGCGCGUUCAAACAAAGUAUCUAUAAUUGGAUUAGUUCGUGGAAAAAUUGAAAAAGGUCCACAACCCAAUUAUAAAUGCAGUGCAGAAUUCAUAGGCGAUUCUUUGACGUGUGGAUAUGGCAAUUUGGGUGCGAGUGAGUUUGAGACUGAUUGUGAUUUGACAUGGGCAACUAUUGUAGCAAAGGCACUUGAAAGUAAUUAUCAAAUAUGUGCAUGGAGUGGGAUGGGAGUCUAUGUGAAUGAUGUUGGAAACACGAUCGACCAAAUAGGGACACGUAGAAAAUAUUAUGUUGGGAGUGAAAUGAAAGAUGUCUAUGAUAGAAGCCAGUUUGGUGCUCAAUACGUCUUUAUUAAUAUUGGGACAAACGACUUUGCGUGGAAUGCAACGAAGAAAGUUGAAGGAAUAGAGACAUUGUUUAAAGCAUCGAUGACUGAACUCAUCGAAGAUUGUAAAGCUGAUUAUGGGAAAGAAGUUGUAAUCUUUCUAAUAGUAGGCCCUCGAUUAAGUGGAACAGAUUUAGAGACAGUGCUUACUAUAUUUAAAGAACUUUGUAACAAGUACUCAAAGACCUUUAUUGUAGAAGUACAAAUGCCGACUGAAAGAGAAGAUUUCUGGGGGUUUAGGGAACAUCCAAGUCUUGAAGGGCAUAAAGAAAUGGCAAAACAGAUCAUUCCCCAGGUUCAAACAAUACUUCAGUCAAUGAAUUGA